ACCCGACUGAACCAUCUCCGACAACAACAUACAACUUACAGCUUGCCAUGGGCUUUUCAGCAGCCUGAGGAUGGGUGGUCGGGUCGGGCAAGGGCCCCUAGUAGGGCGCAACAACAACUUCGACAACAACAAACCCUACGACUUGUAACUUCGAACCUCGGGACAUCGGACACGCGGGAUGAUUUGUCGCUUCCAAAUAAGUCUCCAUCGGCAUGUAGAUCUCGCACAUAGGAAGCUUCUGUAGAAGUUGGACGGGACACAAUAGUUGAUUAUAAGAUUAGAUCCAUAUGGGUGAAGGCUCUCGGUUGUUUGUUUUUUUAUUCUUUGUAUUUAAGUGUUUUUUCAGCUACUUGGUUGUAUAUAUUGGAUCCAUAGGGGUGGUGAUGCGCUGUUGCCUGGUUGCUUUCCUUCUUUGCAUUCUUCAGGUUUUUUCAGUUGCUUGCUGUGCUUCUUAUUCUUAUUCAUCUUAUUGUUCUGCUUGUUUUCCUGCUUGUUAUUCUGCUUAUUGUUCUUGUUAUUUUGCUUGCUGUUCUGCUUGUUGUCCUGCUUGUUGUUCUGCUUUUACUGCUUUUACUGCCUUUACUGCCUUUACUGCCUUUACUGCUUUUACUGUUUUUACUGCCUUUACUGCCUUUACUGCCUUUACUGCCUUUACUGCCUUUACUGCCUUUACUGCUUUUACUGCUUUUACUGCUUUUACUGCUUUUACUGCUUUUACUGCUUUUACUGCUUUUACUGCUUUUACUGCUUUUACUGCUUUUACUGCUUGCUUGCCCUGCCUGCCCUGCCCUACUUAUCCUGCUUGCCCUAAUUGCCCUGCUUGUUCUGCUUGUUCUGAUUAUUCUGCUUCUUCUGCUUCUUCUGAUUAUUUUUCUUGUUCUGCUUGUUCUGCUUGUUCCGCUUGUUCUGCUUGUUCUGCUUGUUCUGCUUGUUCUGCUUGUUCUGCUUGUUCUGCUUGUUCUGCUUGCCCUGCCUCUUCUGCUCGUUCUGCUUGUUCUGCUUGUUCUGCUUGCCCUGCCUCUUCUGCUCGUUCUGCUUGUUCUGCUUGCCCUGCCUAUUCUGCUCGUUCUGCUUGUUCUGCUCGUUCUGCUUAUUCUGCUCGUUCUGCCAUGAAACCAUGCUAACACAUGUGACAGUGUUUUACAAACAGGCCUUGGUAGGGUGGCAGGGACGGGCCUGGGACACGACUACGACUUCGACAAACCACGACAUCAUAACGAUAUACGGACGACGGAUCGGCGAAUAAGGUAAGACUGGUUGGA